GAAGGGGUGCAGCUGUUGACUUGACUUCAUGGCGGAGCUCCCAGUCACUCGGGACCCUGUCUGUGACUCGGAGGUCUGUAGCGGAGCGGACAGAUUCUUCUCCUCCGUCAUGUGAAGAACCUCAUCAUCUCACCUUUCACCCGAGGCCCAGAGGAGUCACAAUGGAAGCGGUCGAGGACCCCCAGCAAACAGAGGAGCCGACACGCGCUCCCUCCAGCCGCAUGACGAGGAGGCAGCUCCUCACUUUAAUAUCCAUGGCAUCCGUGAACUUCAGCUCGAUGAUGUGUUACUCCAUAUUAGGCCCCUUCUUCCCCACUGAGGCGGUGAAGAAAGGAGCCAGUCAAACAGUCAUUGGCCUCAUAUUCGGCUGCUACGCCAUCAUCAAUUUGUUUGGUUCAUUGAUAAUGGGAAGAUAUAUCGUCCAAAUUGGUGCAAAGUUUAUGCUCAUUGCAGGACUGUUUGUGUCGUCGGGCUGCACCAUUGUGUUUGGACUGCUCGACCGGGCUCCUGCAGGACCUGCCUUCAUCACCCUGUGCUUUGUAGUGAGGUCCAUCGACGCCGUGGGCUUCGCCGCCGCCAUGACCUCCUCUUUUGCGGUUUCAGCAAAAAUAUUCCCACACAAUGUGGCGACUGUUUUGGGUAGUUUGGAGAUUUUCGCAGGACUUGGUCUCAUUCUGGGGCCUCCACUGGGAGGGUGGCUCUAUCAGUUGUUUGGAUAUGAGGUCCCUUUCAUGUUGCUCGGAGGUUUCCUGUUGCUCAUGGUUCCUUUCAACAUUUACAUCUUACCAACCAUAGACGCAGACCCCUCAAAGGAUUCCUUCUUUCGGCUUCUCUCCCAAGUGAAAAUAGUCCUCAUCUGCUUUGUGAUAUUCACACUAAGUGCAGGUUUGGGUUUCUUGGACGCCACGUUGUCCUUGUUUGCCAUUGAGACGUUUGGUCUGUCGCCCGGCUACGUGGGACUCAUCUUGCUUGGUUAUUCGUUGCCGUACUGUCUGGCAUCGCCGGUAAUGGGUUAUCUCACUGAUAAAUAUCCGGCCACGAGGAGCUCGUUCAUGGUGGCGGGAGGUGUGGCCACAGCAGUCGGGUUCUGUUUCCUCGCCCCUGUUCCUUUCCUUCACAUCCAGAGUCAGCUGUGGCUACUGGUGCUCAUGCUCUGUGUCAUUGGGUUUUCUCUGGGCAUUACUACACUCCCCACGUUCCCCGAGAUCAUCACAUGUGCAUAUGAAAAUGGAUUUCAAGAAGGACUAAGUACUCUUGGAAUGGUGUCUGGGCUGUUUAGUGCAGUUUGGUCAUUUGGGAUGUUUUAUGGCCCAGUAGUCGGUGGUCUUCUCACUCAGCACCUGAACUUCCAGUGGGCGGCUGCCAUCCAAGGAGGCCUGACGUUUAUGGCAGCCUUUCUCCUCGCUGUGUAUUAUCUCGUUCAACGACCACAACAAAGGGUUUCAGAAGAUGGGAGCAGACAAACGGAUGAGAUCACUCCUCUCUUGAAUGAAUGAGAGCCUCACAAACACAGGGGCGGUCGCUAAAAUGAACACAACCAGAGCCUAAUGUUUCAUCCUUGUGUCCAUCGGCCAGUUAAUCAAAUUGAUUUUUUAUUAUUAUGAGAUUCUUUUGCAGAGAUUGUCAUGAUUUUUACUUGGGUUGUAGAAAUAUUUUCUGUUGUGCUUGUUUUUUAUAUAAUAGUAUAUUGUUUUAUAGUUAGGUUCUAUAAAAACCAUGAAACAAAGCAGAUUCACUUUAAAUGAUAAUGAUUUCAUGCUGCCGUUCAAAUUACCCUGUGGAUGAAUGUAUCACUAACAAUUAUUAGUCAACCACAUUCCAACCCAAAGUAGAUUUGCUUUUUGUUCUGCAGCCCGGCUCAAUUAACCAUCUUAGUUUUCUAAAUCACAUGUCUUGGAUUUCAAGACAUGUGGCCACAUAACCACUGACAUGAAGGAGAAGAACCAUGUUUGUAACGUCUUUGAAGAGAUCUGUCAGCUAACAUGAUAUACACUUUAACGUCAUAUAGAUUGCAAUAUAAUUUUUUAUAUCUCACGGUGCUGUUGACGGAUAAACUAAAAUGCAAACAAGAAUAAAUGUAUUUAUGUAAGAAAUUCUUUAAAACCAUUUUGAAAUAAACAGAAAAUUUUGAAUAAGCUUUUUUUAUAUUUAUAUAUCUAAAAAAUGUGGCUUUACAAACAAAUCAUUUGGAAAGAGAGAAACAAUCAUGUGGAUAUGAGUAAUCUGUAUUUUUAUAGGUGUAGAAUAUUUUUUUCUACAACUUUUUUUUUUUUUCAAAGCAUAAUUACCUUUCAAUAUUUUGCCGAUUUCCUUUGUCUUGUAUGUACACAGGCUCGAUGACUAAAGAAAAAUGUUCGACCAACCCAAAAAUAUACUUUAACUGAUGAGACACAAAUCAAAUCAGUAACUUUGAGUAAUACCAAUAGAUUUUUUUUUUGGUAACAAAUGACAUUUAACUAUCUCAAUUUGAAAGUGCUAUCAAUAUUUUUCCGUUUUUUUUAUCACAUAUAAUGAUACUCAAGAAGAUAAUGAGUGCAUUAUUUGAUGAUUACAUUUUAAUUAGUUGUAGAUUAAUCACUAAAAUUGUUAAUGUGUUGGUUGUUAAGCGCUUUCAGGAAAUGUUCUGUCACUUUUUAGGUGAUGCAGUUCGGGCGGAUCGAUGGCAACGCCUACAUCUUGGAUUUCCAGUAUCCCUUCUCAGCAGUGCAGGCAUUUGCUGUGGCCUUGGCCAACGUGACUCAUAGGCUGAAGUGAAAAGAUUUAUUUUGUGUUGUUGCAGAAGAAUCCAAAAGAAGCUGCUGUGUUUGUUCCUGUGCACCUCUCAGUGUGGGGCUGUACCUGCCACAGACCACAUUGCAUCAGAAAAGAUUAUCAUCUGAAUGUAUUUAAACUUCAAAUUGUAUUUACUGGAAUUAGAAAAUACUCACUAUCGUUGGAUAAAAAGUGAUCUAAGUACUUAAAGUUACUUUAAAGCCUCCAGGGUUUAAGACAUCCUCCUACUUUUUAAAUACUUAGUUAAUCUUGAUGCAUGACAAAUCAUUAAUCAUUUAAUGUACAUUUGUGGAGUAAAUACAUAAAAAAAGUACAUUUUUAAGGUGCAGCGACAAUUUGACUAUAACAAGUAAGUAAAUUAAGAAUAGUGUUUUAAAGGGAGUAUAACCCUGUUGUUAUUUCUGUUUGAAUACACAUUGUAUUUUUAUUUAUUUUUUCAAAUCCAUUUUUCUGUUGAACUUGUAUUAGACAAUAUACUGAUAUACAUAUAUUUGAUUGUAUAAGUUGCAACUAUGCAUCUAACCUCAGUUCAACAGGGCUAACUGGUUGCAGUAACCCAUAGCUCAUAUAUGUUCUAUCCAUGUCACUUCUAUGAAGUACAUAUUAAAUACAGAUUAUUUUAGCCACAAUACUGAAAAUCCCAAUUCACAAAUUAUUUUGAACACAAUUUCUUUAUCCAACCUCCCAUUACAAUGGAAAUUGUCAGAAGUGGUGAAUAGUGAAUCUACAUGUGCCAAACAAAGUUGAAUGUGCUUGUCCAAAACAAAGCCAGUCAGGAAAAAUGGUAUAAAAUGGUCGAACAAAGAUCUCAUCCCCAAACAGAACAGACUGUUACGAUUGAGAUUCUCUCUGUCGGUCUCUCCGGACCGGCUCUGUGUUGUUUUCAUGGGGCGUUUAUGAUGCUGCUUGAAAUCUCUAUUUGAAUGUGAAGUACAGUAGUUUUGCCUCCUUGGAAGUCAGUGCUGCUUUAGAUAGAGCUUGUGUGCUGUGAUGUUACCUACAUAGAAAUGUUGUACUUGCAAAAGAAAAUAUAGCGCUGCUUGCACUGUGUGUUUAAUAAGUGACCUGACAUCAUUAUUACAUGCAGAGAAAUAAAUGUGCUUAUAUGUUG